AUGAACCAUAACUUCUUUUUAACAUCCUUUUCUCCAAUAAUAAGUCUCUUUGUUGUCUCUUUGUUCCUCCUGGAAAAGAAAGCCUCAUGUACAGACCCUCAGUUCCUAGCUUGCAAUCCCGAAAGCUGUGGCGAUGGCCAAAACAUAAACUUCCCAUUUUACAUCCGGAACAAGCAAGAACCCUCCUGUGGCUACCCUGGAUUCAGUCUCUCCUGCAAUAACAAAAGCAAGCCAGUCCUUAAACUGUCCAAUAAUGAGUAUAUCAUCCACGAAAUCUACUACCAAAACCAGUCUCUUCGUGUCUCAAAUGCAGCUGUUUUUGGGAAAAGCACCUCCUGUAUUCCUCAAAUACAAAACAUGUCUCUAGCUGAUGACAGGUUCCAUCUACCUUCUAACAGAGCAAGCCUCUUCUUGCUUUACAAUUGCAACUCAACACUGCUAGCAAAUGAUAGUGAACUUCUGAAUUACAAGGUUGAUUGUUUUGGGGAGAAUGGAACUGUUUCAACUCUAGCAAUGCUUGAUGAUGAUCCUCUGUUGGGUCCUGCAUCGGACAAGUGUGAAACUGGAGCUGUGGCACCUGUGGAUGUGUAUAGAGGAGAGAAUGUUGGGAGUGAAAGGAUGCUAUUGUUAGAAAGAGGGUUUGUGUUGAAUUGGAUAGCAAGUAAUUGUAGCAUCUGUGAAGAGAGUGGUGGCAAGUGUGGAUUUGAUAACGCCACAUACCAUUUCAAAUGUUUCUGCCCUGAUAGACCUCAUUCUCGGGCUUGUACUUCCGGUGAGUCAUUUUAA